AGGUCGGUUCCUUGAAGUGGAGCUGAAUAAACCUUGAGAAGAGUCUCCUUCAAUCUGCUGUUAGUAACUAACACACACACACACACACACACACUCACUCACACACCGAGACUCAAUUACUGGCCAAUUCCCUUCUUUAUCAUUCGUCCCCGACCUCUCUUUCAUAACCAAAACCGACCAAGGAAAAAAAGAGUCGCGAAGAAGACCGAACCCGAAGUGACAGUUGAACUAAAAAGCCCUCGUUGGAAAUAAGUAAAGUGUCGAAAGUAAAGAAAGGUGUUACAGCAGUUAUGUCAAAGAGCUGAAGACAUCUCUAACAAUAUGGAGUCUGGAGAGCGGCUGGCCUCCCCUGCGCCCACCCUGUCUGCUGCUCGCACCUCCUCCCCUGCGGCCUCUUCCUCCUCCUCCUCCUCCUCGUCCUCUGCAUCAUCCCCUGCUCCCCACUCCAAGAGCAGCCUGGCCCCGAGCCCCUCGGCACCGGGAUCCAACCUCAGCACCUCUGGCCGUCUGUUCGGGGCAGGAGAGCAGCCCUUCAUUGGCUCCGCGUUGUCAAGUGCCUUCCCUCUGGUCAACCACCCGGCCUUCGGAGCCCUCUACUCCUCCGGAGCCGGCAGGCCCGAGUUUGGAGGCCUGGGUUCCCUGGGCAUGUCAGCGGCUCUGGCUGCCCACCCCCAGCUAGGAGCGCUCUCUGAGUGGUGGCGAGCUGCUGAGGCCCACGGACGGGGAGCUGCUGCCUUUCUCCCCUCUUUCAUCAGCUUCCCUCCCUUCUUCAGCCCUCACAUGCAGCCCAACCACAGCGCCAGUCCCGUUCAGAUCCGGAUGCCUGGCAAGAAUAGCCAUGCCGCACCUAAAGGAGUGAAUGGGGCGGUAAACGGCGGCGGGGUCUGUCCCCCCACCACACAAUCAGGGGGCUUUUCUGCGAGUCCGGCUCCCGUUCAGGCGUCGACCAAGCCAACCAAAAACCCAGAUCCUUCUAACAGUCACCGUAGCAGCCCUCAGACCAACCCAGCAGAGCUGGUGGACAAGCCGAUCCACAGACCUAAAGAGAAGAAGCCACGGAGGAAGCCGGGAGACGCUUCCCUGGCGAGCAACAGCGAGUCGGGCACUUCCUCAGACAGCUCAAGCGACGGAUCCCUCAGCAGUGAUCUGGAAGACCUGGCGGAGGACGACGAAGACGACGAUGACGACGAAGACGACGAUGACGAAGAGGAGGACAAGCAGAUUGAGUUUUCAGACUCUGAGAAGCGGUCAAAAAAGCAAACAAAGGUUUUGAUACCAAGCACUGGAUCUACAAAGACUAACAGACCGACCUCUGGGGAAGCCCACGACAUGAAAGUCAGCAAGGCACAGAGGGCCUCCUCCAACCCCCCGAACCUCGUGCCCUUCCCCUGCUCCACUUCCCCGCCGGUCUUUACCCAGACCUCGCCGCUGGCCCUCCACGGCUCCAGGUCCCGGACGGAGGGGCCGCAGCAACACCUCAGCGUGAUCCAGUCCACCGGCCUGGCCGCCAACACAAAGCCCCUGGCACUCCUCUCUCAGCCCCGCAGGGAGUUCUCCCCGUCUUCCUCCCCCAUGGCCCUCGCCAUGUCUCCAGAGGCCCUCUCCAGCGCUGCCUCUCCCAAAGCUCCCAAACCGCUGCCCUCCUCCUCCUCCUCCCCCCAGCACCUGCCCCUCUCCCUCUGCUCCUCCCCGAAGCCUCUCUCCAUGCCCUCCCCGCCUCGGCCGACUCUCCCGCCGCCUACCUCCCCAAAACCCUUCGGUUCCACCUCGUCCGUGAGAAGUUCCCAGAAGUCCUCGCCGAAGCCUCCUCGGCGCGCCGCCGCCGGCUCCGCCAAAUCCAACAAGAGGAAACAGCUGGAAGCGUCGCUUGCGCAGAUCACCGAGUUCAGGCUCAAACAGACGCUCAUGUCCCAAGGGCAGACAUUCCCAGCCGAGCUAAAGAAACAGCAGCAAGGUCCAAACAAGUCCCCCAAGAGGACGCCUCUGUCUUCGCCGCCGUUGCCGCCCGCUCCGGCUCCUCCACCCCAGAACAAUCACUCCAACCUCUUCCUCUCCAGUGCCCUGCUGGGGCUCCCCGAACCCCACCCCCCCAACGGAGUCAUCCAAAGCAUCACUCAGGACGCACCUUUGGCCCUCAUCACCAAACCUCGCAAAGACUCUCAGUGCGACUCCGACGGCGGCUCGAUGCCUGUCAAUCUGAGCACCGGGGCGAGCAGAAUCCAAGCAACUGCCCAGGCGGGGCCUCAGUCGCAGCCCUCCACUACCUCACCCCAUGCCGCAGGCCAUGGACCCAGAAAGAACAAGGCACCCAAGGGUAAGGCCCAGACACCAGGCCAGGGACAGGGACAGGCACAGGGACAGGCGGACCCUUUAGCUGCCUGGAAGGGCUUCUCCCAGAACCAUCUGGUACAGUCUCUGGUUGAUUUGUUCCGUGGAGGAGAGCCCGGGAUCGGGAUUCCUGGAGUCAGUAUCCCCGGGGUUGGAAUUCCCGGAAUGGGGAUCCCUGGGACAUGCAACCCCACAGCCGGUCUCCCGGCUAACAAGGAAUCUGACGACUCGGGGGACGACGAUGACGAUGAGGACGACGACCUUGAGGAGGAGGAGGAGGAUGAAGAGGACUCAGAUGAUAGUCUGUCAGAGUCUGACAGCAACUCAGACAGCGACAUCUCUGGGAUGAAAGUGAAGGAGCUGAAGCUGCUGCCGUCUGGCUCGUCUAAAAAGGAGACGACUCCCCGCCGGCUAACCAAAGGCCCAGAACUACUGAACACCUCAACCAAUCACACCGCCACCAGCUGCUCCCCGCUCGACCUGCAGGUCAUCAAGACUCCCACCAUCGUCACCAGCUCCAGUGCCUUGGCCUAUCACAGCUCUCCCGGCUCUUCGUCCUACAGCCUCGCGUCUCCGUUAGGCUCAGGGAAGAGGAAGAGGGUGAUGGAUGAGAAGGAGUUGAUGAUACCUCUGGAGUUGGGGUGGCGGAGAGAAACGAGAAUCAAAUCGGUGGCGGGGCGAUCACAGGGCGAGGUGGCCUACUACGCGCCGUGUGGCAAGAAGCUGAGGCAGUACCCAGAUGUGAUGAAGUAUCUAUCCAGAAAUGGAAUAAGUGGCAUCACGCGCGAUAAUUUUAGCUUCAGUGCAAAGAUAAGGGUUGGUGACUUCUAUGAAGCCAGAGAAGGACCCCAGGGUUUACAGUGGAGCCUCUUGAAGGAAGAGGAGGUCAUUCCACGUAUUCUGGCGAUGGAAGGUCGGAGGGGUCGCCCCCCUGGUUCAGACCGCGAGUCAGCGGGCGAAGGUGGCAAAGGCUCCAGGCGGAGGAAGGGACGGCCUCCUAAUGUGGGCGACCCGCUGGUGCCCGAGGGCCCCAGCCCCAGUGAGGUCAAACUCCUGCGCAAACUAGAGGCCCAAGAAAUAGCCCGACAGGCCACCCAGAUGAAAUUGAUGAGAAAACUGGAAAAGCAGGCACUGGCGCGUGCAGCCAAAGAGGCGCGGAAACAGCAAGCUAUCAUGGCGGCGGAGGAGAGGCGGAAGCAGAAAGAGCAGAUCAAGAUCCUCAAGCAGCAGGAAAAGAUCAAGCGCAUUCAGCAGAUUCGGAUGGAGAAGGAACUCAGAGCGCAGCAAAUUUUGGAGGCCAAACGGAAAAAGAAGGAAGAAGUCGCCAAUGCCAAAAUAUUGGAGGCUGAAAAACGAAUAAAGGAGAAAGAGUUGAGGAGGCAGCAGGCGGAGAUCCUCAAACACCAGGAGUUGGAGAGGCAUAGACUAGAUAUGGUAUGGGAGAGGGAGAGGAGGAGGCAACAUGUAAUGCUGAUGAAGGCGGUCGAGGCGCGCAAGAAAGCAGAGGAGCGCGAGCGCUUGCGGCAGGAGAAGAGGGAUGAGAAGCGGCUGAACAAAGAGCGUAAACUGGAGCAGCGGCGGCUAGAGCUGGAGAUAGCGAGGGAGCUGAGGAAGCCAAAUGAAGACAUGUGUCUGUCUGAUCACAAGCCUCUACCGGAGUUCUCCCGAAUUCCUGGACUCAUCCUGCCGGGACGCGCCGUGUCCCACUGCCUGAUGCUGAUGCAGUUCCUGCGAGGCUUCGGCAAGGUUUUGGGCCUCGAUUUGAAUUUGGAUGUGCCCACCUUGGGCAUGCUGCAGGAGGGCUUGCUCAAUGUGGGGGACAGCAUGGGCCACGUCCAGGACCUUCUGGUCAAACUGUUAUCCCUGGCAGUGUGUGAUCCUGGUUUGCCACCUGGACAGAAGACAAAAACCAUGCUGGGGGACCACCUGACCAAUGUCGGCAUCAACAGGGAUAACGUGUCUGAGGUGCUACAGAUGUACAUGGGAGCCCAUUGUGCCAAUACUGAGCUUGCCCCUCUGGCCCUCAGUCUGAAGACCAAGGCCUUCCAGGCCCACACGCCGUCCCAGAAGGCCUCGAUCCUGGGCUUCCUGGCUAAUGAGCUGGCCUGUAGCAGAGCUGUUAUCAGUGAGAUCGACAAGAGCCUGGAUCAGAUGGCCAACAUGAGGAAAGACAAGAUCAUUAUGGAGGGAAAACUGAAGAAGUUGAGGAUCAUUCAUGCCAAACGCACCGGGAGGAGGGAGGCCAGUAUGGGCAUUGAAGAGAACCAGUCCGUCGGCACUCCGUCCUCUGCCAUAAAACGCAAGAGGAAACUGUGUGGAGACAGCGACGAUGACGACGAAGACGACGAAGACAGUGAUGACCAAGCAGAGGACGAGGACGAUGAGGAGGAAGAAGAAAUGAAGAAGGUUAAAAAAGUGGAGACAUAUGAUGAGGAUGAAGUGGAACAAGCCACCAGUCUGGAGGAGCUGGAGAAGCAGAUAGAGAAAUUGGCCAAGCAACAUCACCAGACCAGAAGAAAGCUGUUUGAAAUUUCCCAUUCUCUGCGCUCCACGAUGUAUGGCCAGGACCGCUACCGCCGCCGGUACUGGGUGCUUCCCCACUGUGGAGGGGUCUUCAUCGAAGCCAUGGAGAGUGGAGAAGCUCCAGAGGAACUGGAAGAGGAGCGACAGAGGAGGAGGAGAGUGGCUGAGGAGGUCAAAGUCAAAGAGGAACCUCAGGAGAUGGAGUUGCAGAAGGAGAAACCCAACGACCUCGGUGGGCAGAGCAUUCAAACGCGAGGCUUGGAGCUCGAGAAAGACGAGGAAAAGGAGCACGAGGGGAAGAAAAUCUCCCUCUUUUACCAGCAGCCAGGCCGCGUAUCCAAACUGUGCACAUUCCGGGACGUCGGCAAAGAGACGGUGACGGCAAAGGACGAGGAGAGUACCCAUGUGAGACAAAACGGCGCAAGUCCCUUGGGCACUCCUGUUGCCACGACCAAAGGAACAUCCCCCUCCCCCACUCACAAUACCUCUGAGCCAGCAGUAGCAACAACCCCCUCCACGGUAACCAAUAAUGACACUAGCGUCCCUCCCCUGGCAUCAACCUCUUUAUCUGUCCCCUGCCUGCCAGCCCCGUGUGAAAGCCCAGGUACCACUCCUCCAACCUCCUCCCCAGCUCCAUCUCCGUACCUCUCAUUUCAAGCCAACGACCAGCUGCUCAGAGUCCUGACGGAGCGCAGCGGGCACUGGUUCAGCCUGCUGCCUCGCAACCCCUGCGACCUCACGUCCAUCACCACGCCUCCCCCGGGUGCGCCCCGCGUGCCACCCCAGGCGUCCUCCACCCCGGCCGGGCCCAGAUCCCCGCCUCAGUCCCCUGCACUGCCCCUCACCUUUUCCGCUGCCUCAGCCUCCGCCAGCCCGCACCACCCAGCAGGCCUCCUCAACUACCCGCUAUCAGCCCUGCAGGUGAAGUCAGGCGCUUCAUUGCUAGGAGUUUCUUUCGGUAGCUGGCCCUGUGGCCUGAUGAGUCCCAGUUUGCCUCUGUGCAGCAGCCCCAAUCCCAUGUUGGGUCAUUCUCUGGAGGGCAACACAGCAGCAAGUGUCUCCAGCAAAAGUGAAUCACCUUUACCUUGCAUGGAGAAAUCCUCAUCCAUGCCUUCUCCUACGCUGGAGAUGCCCAAAUCCCUGGACCACGCCACACCUCGGCCUAUUCCAGAGGAGAGCCUGACAGGGUGGUGGCGGGUGUCUGACAUCGAGCAGCUGAGGGCUUUGGUCAGUGCCCUCCACAGCCGGGGCAUUCGAGAAAAAAGCCUCCAGAGGCAAAUGCAGAAAUACACAGAGAUCAUCCCCCAGGUUUGCACCAAACACAAGGACGUGGCCAUGAUUGAGCUGCGUGAGCUGGAGGAGAGCCAGGUCAGUGUGGAGUCCGUGCGCGGCUGGUGUGUCCAGGAGCAGGCGAUGGAGAUGGACAUUGCCGUGCUGCAGCAGGUAGAGGAGCUGGAGAGGAAGGUCACCGCGGCCAGCCUGCAGGUCAAGAGGCCUGAUGUCCUCUCCCAGGGCUGGACCUUUCCGGACCCUCAAUCGGAGCGAGAAGACCUGGUGUAUUACGAGCACAAGCCCCCCACCAAAUCAACGCCUGGGUCUGCCAAUGCAGGAGACAAGGACUCCAAGGAGCACCCGGAAGAGCGGGGGGAGAAGGGCGGGGUGAUGCGUCACCUGGACAACCCACUGGACAUAGCAGUGACACGUCUGGCUGAUCUGGAGCGCAACAUCGAGAGAAGGUACCUGAGGAGCCCCUUAGGUACCACCAUUCAGAUCAGGCUGGAUAAUGUGGGUACGGUCACUGUCCCUGCUCCUGCCCCAUCCACUAGUGCUGACAGGGAAGGCAGCGAGGAGGAGGUGGCCCACGGUAUGAAGGUGUGGAGGAAGGCUCUGACUGAAGUGCGCAGCGCUGCCCAGUUGGCCAUGUGCAUCCAGCAACUUCAGAAGUCCAUCGCCUGGGAGAGGUCCAUCAUGAAAGUGUACUGUCAGAUGUGCAGGAAGGGCGAUAACGAGGACCUGCUCCUGCUGUGUGACGGCUGUGACAAAGGCUGCCACACUUACUGUCACAAACCCAAAAUCACCAGUAUUCCAGAAGGAGACUGGUACUGCCCGGCCUGCAUAUCCAAGGCGAGUGGCCCGUCUCCCAAAAACAAAAAACCUCCGAGCAAACCAUUAACAUCAAGCGGAGGAGGUGCUAAAAAGGGUGCAGAGGGGAAGAAGAGCGGGAAGCAGGCGGGCAACGGAGAGGUAGCGGUGGACGACCCGGCCAGCAGCACACCCAAAAAAGCAGCAAAAGACACCAGCAGAAAGAGAAAAACAGAGGAGAGCUCACCUGCGCCGCCAGCAGCCAAUCAGGAGAGCCCUGUGUGUGUGAAGAGAGCCAAGACGGCCAAGGACAACAACAGGGACCUGGGUUUAUGCAGGGUGCUUCUUGCUGAGUUGGAGCGGCAUCAGGACGCGUGGCCGUUUCUCACGCCAGUCAACAUGAAAUCGGUCCCCGGCUACAGGAAGGUCAUCAAGAAACCGAUGGACUUCACCACCAUACGUGAGAAGCUCGUGAGCAGCCAGUAUCAAAACCUUGAGACCUUCAUCAUCGAUGUUAACUUGGUCUUUGAUAACUGCGAAAAAUACAACGAAGACAAUUCAGACAUUGGUCGAGCUGGUCAUAACAUGAGGAAGUUCUUCGAGAAGCGCUGGACUGAGCUUCUGAAACAAACAAAUUAAACGUCUGUUCAGAUUCUCUCCAUAAACCCAUUCAACUUUUCAUACCGGAGCACCUGGUUUUACGUUUGUUUUUAUUUUCUGAUGGAUACAGUGGCUUUGCAGAAUGGAAGAAGUCCAAUCCGUGAUAAGGAACCCGCGGUGUGCAUAAGAUGAGAUGUCACCGUCGGGGCUAAAAAAUAAAAAUGGCGUUACAUGAGGUGCGCUGGAUUUUAUUACAACAGGGAUAAAAGCCCCAAAGAGUCCCAUAGAAAUGGGGUGUCGUAGUGCAAUACUAUUCCCUGUCUCAGAACACUGCACUGAAUUUAUCCUCAACUGUCACUGACGUGUCUGCGCUAGAAGACUUUCCACUACUUGUAAAUAGUCUUUUGUUAUUUAAUCGUAUUAUAGUGAAUGUAUUUAAUUUUGUAAUAAUUAUUUAUGAAUCAAGGUCCACUUCAUUUUCUAUGAAAAGGAAGAAUCAGCUGAACUGCUUUGAAUUAAAAAAGGAAUGUGUCUUUGUGUUAUAAUUUUUCUCCCAAAUAUUAAACAAAGCCAAGAAAAAAAAAAUACUGUUUACACUGUUCAGUGCUUUGAGGCAUCAGAGGACUGUAUUCAUUUGUUCAAACUGUAAAACUGCAUUUAUUUACAGGAACAGCAGACGGACAGUUAGACAAUUGUGAUUUAUGUGUAUAUACUGUUUAUUAAUGUCAAUAUUAUGUCUUGUUUGAAACAAUGUGUAAAAAUUGUUUAAGAAUAUUAAGAUAUUGUUUAUGCCUUAGAAUGAUUGUAGCAUUCUAUUUUAGUGUACGUGAUGAAAACAUUAUCAUAAAUAUUGUUUGUACAGUAUAUACAUAUCCUCUGCAAACACUGUGGUAUCCUUAAUCUUGGUAGUGCCUACCCUUCCAACAGGGGCAUGUAGGGGACGUUAUUGUUUUUAGUUUUCAUUCUCAUGACAUCAUUUUUUUUUUUUAAUAUGAUUUUAAUCCAACGAGGCCUCCAAAGUUGGACAGUGACACAAAAAUCAUUCCUCUCCAUAGCAGAAAAAAAAGGAAAAACAAGCAUUCAGUAAUGCUUCCAUGACGCAUUUCCUCGUAAUCUGCCACAAUACAGAGGACCUAAGGCCAUUUGUAACCACUGUGUUGAACCUUUGCUGUGUGUUGUGGCCUGAUGGAGGCAGCUAGAUUUUUUUGUACCCAAGUCAAGAGUACUUGAAGUUACUUUAUUUAAGAUAUUGUGGAAUAAAAGUAUCAUUCUUUUGUAGGAGCUUUAUUUUUCACUAGUGUGUGGCACGGACCUAUUAAAAGGAUGUUUUUCAACGUAAAAA